AUGACCACACCCAUCCCAACAAUGGAUGCAAUCGAAGCCGGCCAGUUUCGCGAGACCCUGACAGCCGCUGUGCGCCAGCAUGAGGUCAGAUACACCGACGCUCACAGUUUGUCAAUGAGAUGGGAAAAAGAUGAUACCGAGGCGGAUAAAGAUACCGCACGCUUCCAGAUGAUGUUGCAGGCUUUGCAUUUUCCUGCUGCCCACGAAUUGGUCAUCAAAGAGAACGAUUCAACACCUGGAUGGACAGCACGGGGCAAAAUACGUGAAACCCUCGCUGCCGCAAGGAGAACAAGCGGAAGAUCAAUCGUUAUCGUCCAUUACGCUGGACACGGCGAACUCGACAGCAGCAGAGACCUCAUGUUGGGCAAGACUUCCAGAUUCAGUGCCGAUCGAUUCUUGAUCUCGCUAGCACUGGACAAGGUUUACGAUUUACAAAACACCACGAACGUUGAUGUUCUAUUCAUUCUCGAUUGCUGUUACGGAUAUGCUGCAUGUCGCGCGUCAGAGGUGACCGACCGAGUGGUUGAGUUGGUGUAA